AUGGACGCGUAUUCAGGGUACAACCAGAUCUUCAUGGACCCUGCCGAUAGAGAACAUACGGCAUUCAUCACGAAUCGCGGUUUGUACUGUUACAAUGUCAUGCCUUUCGGCCUGAAGAACGCGGGGGCAACUUACCAACGGCUCGUCAACCGGAUUUUUGCUAAAUACAUCGGCGGCAUCAUGGAGGUAUAUGUCGACGACAUGUUAGUAAAAAGCCGAACGGCAGGGGAUCACCUGGAAAACUUGGCCCUCAUGUUCGGUAUUCUAAAGGAUUACCGAAUGCGGCUGAACCCGGCGAAGUGCGCCUUCGGUGUAUCUUCCGGAAAAUUUCUCGGGUUCAUGAUCAGCCAAAGGGGAAUCGAGGCCAAUCCCGAGAAAAUAAAAGCCAUAAUCGACAUGGAGACGCCGAAGACACAGAAGGACAUUCAGAGCCUUACCGGACGUGUCGCUGCCCUGACACGCUUCAUCUCCAGGGCUACCGAUAAAUGCGUGCCGUUCUUCAAAGCUUUGAAAGGGGGCAAACAUCAUAUAACGUGGACUCCCGAAUGCGACCAGGCAUUUCAAAACUUGAAGAACUAUAUGAGCCAGGCACCACUGUUAUCAAAACCGCUGCCAGGCGAGGUACUACUCCUGUACCUUUCGGUAUCCAACACUGCCGUCAGCUCAGUGUUGAUAAGGAAGCCAGAGAAGGCAGAGCUACCGAUCUUUUAUGUCAGCAAGGCGCUCCAGAACGCAGAGCUUCGGUACCCACCCUUGGAGCAACUGGCACUGGCCCUGGUCGUUUCGGCACGAAGACUUCGCCCUUACUUCCAGGCUCACGAAAUCACAGUUCUGACGAACCAGCCUCUUCGGCAGGUGCUCCAAAAGCCGGAAACAUCGGGCCGAUUGGUCAAAUGGGCAAUCGAGUUGGGAGAGUUUGACAUACAAUUCAAGCCAAGGCCUGCAGAAAAAGGCCAGGCCGUUGCCGACUUCAUCUCCGAGCUCACGCCGCCUGCUUUAUCGGAACCAUUAUCGCCGAGCGUCGUCCAUACCGCACCAGAGAAAACGAAUACCGAACGUUUCGACACUUCUGUUCCCCUCUGGAUCCUGCACGUGGACGGCUCGGCAAACCAGCAAGGCUGUGGUGCCGGCUUAGUGCUAACCACUCCGGACGGUAGUAAAAUCGAGUACGCCCUCCGAUUCAACUUCCGAACCUCCAAUAACGAGGCAGAAUAUGAGGCCCUCCUGGCUGGCCUUCGGCUAGCCCAGAGCAUGAGCGCAAGGCAGAUCAGCAUUCACAGCGACUCCCAGCUCAUAGUAAAUCAGAUAACGGCAGACUUCGCAGCAAAGGAUGCCUCCAUGUCAGCCUACCUAUCGGCAGCCCACCAACUACUACAAAAAUUCCAGGCCUACGAGAUACGGCAGAUCCCCAGGUCAGAAAAUAGCCAUGCCGACGCACUCUCACGAUUGGCCUCGGCUAUAAAUGACAAGAUCGGAAGGAAGGUUCCGGUGGAGAUACUAUCCCAACCGAGUACAACCGCCGCUGAAGUAUGUACCGUUCGGUACGAAGACACAUGGAUGUCUCCAAUCUAUGCCUACCUGACUGCCGGAACCCUUCCUACCGAUAAGUCUCAAGCUCGGAAACUUCGCUACCGAUCGGCAAGAUACACGGUCAUCAACGAUGUCCUGUACAAACAGGGCUACACGACGCCAUAUUUAAAAUGCCUGACCAAGGAGCAGGGGGACUACAUCCUUCGGGAGGUCCACAGCGGAAUCUGCGGUGACCAUUCUGGAUCCCGAUCGCUCGCACACAAGAUCUUCCGACAGGACAUUAUAGACCACAAAAUGAAGCAUCAACAGACUCCACAGACACCAAAAAGUGUGAGAUCAAGCCUGCAAAACAACCCAGAGUAUGCAGUCAUUCCGGUAUUUUCCCCCAGUAUUCCAAACUCAUUCGAAAUGCAGCAGUAUGAUGAUUCUGACAUCAAAAAGUUACCGGACGGUUCUUAUCCUUCCUCUUCCCCUUGGCGUUUAUUGCAAAUGAAUGCACCGGAGUGGAAACAAGAAAUACUAGGGUGUCUUGGGAGUAGAUUUGAACAAAUGCAAACAUAUGAAGGUGCAGCAAUUGCUUUUACUAGCAAAAGUAAACACAACCACUACUACAAAAAGUGA